AUGAGUCACACCUGCUUCAGUACUACGACGUCGGCUCCUUCUGUACCGCCAGGUAUUUCAGUUGAGUUCGGGCACCUUUUCGACGGAGCUCUUGGGCUGUGCAAGAAUUACAUCCACAAGGUGAAGACGCGCCCUGAUGUGAAGCCUGUUGCUGGGAAGCUACGCCGACUACCUCUCACUGUACGUCAACAAGUUUCCGAGGAAUUACGCCGUUUGGAGGAGCAGGAUGUGAUUGAGAGAGUGACAGCCUCGGAAUGGGUCUCGCCAAUAGUUGUGGCGAAGAAAAAGGAUGGUUCCAUUCGGUUAUGCGUGGAUCUUCGUGAACCGAACAAAGCAGUCGUGCCGGACUGUUUUCCGUUGCCACAUACUGAUGAGCUGCUAAACGCAUUAGCCGGCGCUACAAAGUUUUCAAAGCUUGAUUUAUCAUCGGCGUACCACCAAGUGCCUCUUCACCCGGAUAGUAGAGACCUAACUGCCUUCAUUACUCAUGAUGGUCUUUUCCGUUUCAAGCGAGUAUGCUUUGGACUUGCCUCUGCACCAUCGGCAUUUCAACAUAUGAUGUCACUUGUACUGAAAGGUUGUACGGGCGUGCUCUUCUAUAUCGAUGAUAUCAUCAUCUACGGACGGACUGAAGAGGAGCAUCAGAAGAACCUUUACCGCGUACUGCAACGUUUGUCUGCUGAAGGACUGAAGUUAAACCAUAAAUGCGUCUUCGACGUUUCAGAACUUUCCUUCUUGGGACACGUUGUUAAUUGUCAAGGACUGUUACCGCAGGCAUCUGCAAUUGAGGCUCUGCAAUGCGCUCCCGCCCCAACAGACUUGAAGUCUCUACGUUCUUUUCUUGGAUUAGCAGGGUAUUAUUCGAAAUUUAUUUCGCACUACGCUGAACUGGUGGAACCGAUGCGAGAACUCCUUCGAGACUCCAAGCCAUUUAUAUGGACGUCAAGUGCUGAUGAAAGUUUCAAGAAAGUGAAGUCGGUGCUCAGCUCCUGUCCAGUCCUCCACAUGUUUGACCCACGACUCCCUGUGAUCGUGGCGACGGAUGCUUCGUCUUACGGACUGGGCGCCGUCUUGCAGCAACUUAAAGGGGACCAGGUUCGCACAGUUGCGUUUGCUUCUCGCACGUUGUCUCCCCUGGAGAGGAAGUAUUCGGUUGGAGAACGUGAAGCGCUUGCUUGCCUGUGGGCAUGCGAGCGCUGGCAUGUCUACCUUUGGGGACGCCCGUUUACUCUGCGUACAGACCAUCAAGCGUUAGUGACCCUUCUUGGGGCUCACGGUACAGGCCACAGACCUCUUCGAAUUUCCAGAUGGUCUGCGAGGCUACUUUACUACAACUUCAAAGUUGAAUACAAGAAGGGAGCAGAAAACUACGUAGCGGACGCUCUGUCCCGGCUACCGUUACCAUCACAGCAAGACUUUGAAGAGGAGAUAGUGUGCACCGUCUCCAAUCCGAUCACCAAGGGAGAGCUCCAAGAUGCUACUCGACUCGAUCCUGAAGCCAGUGCAGUUAUCAACGCACUUGAAGGAGGCUCGUGGCCACCGCGUGCUCAGAUGUCUCGAAGCAUGAGCCCGUAUCACCGUUUUCGAGACGAGCUUUCUGUUGUAGAUGGACUGCUGUACCGUGGAGAACGCAUCGUUGUUCCGCAGGCGUUAACAUCUAAGAUUCUGACUCUCGCGCACGAAACCCAUCCGGGAAUUGUGCGGACAAAGCAGAGACUCCGAGAUCUCUACUGGUGGCCUGGAAUGGACGCACAAGCUGAAAAGAUGGUGCGUGACUGCUCUACCUGUCAAUCCGCUGACAAGUCCGCCAGGACAGCGCCUUCACCUUUACACCCGGUCCCAUUUCCGGCCAAGCCAUGGGCAAAGUUAGGUGUAGACAUCGUCGGACCGUUGGAGGACUGCCCUCACUCCUGUCGCUACGCCAUUACCCUAAUUGACUACCAUAGCAAGUGGCCGGAGGUUUCGUUUGCAUCAACUGUAACGACCGCCACAGUAGAAACGUUUCUCCGGCAUGUUUUCAGUCGCGAGGGUUUUCCUGAAGAACUAGUCACUGACAAUGGCCCGCAAUUUGUUUCAGCAGAAUUUAAAACAUUUCUUCAAGAUCGUGGCAUUCGUCAAACGACAGUUUCAGUGUACUACCCACAAGCAAAUGGCCAAGUGGAGCGUUUCAAUCGUGUUUUCAAGGACGUCAUUCAAGUUGCAAAACUUCGUAACAAGGACGUGAAAUCAGCAGUUCUCGAGUACCUCACCGUAUAUAGAAGUACCCCUCAUGCUACCACGGGUGUUUCACCGUCAGUCCUCCUUCACGGGAGGGCCAUACGAACUCGCCUAAAUGUGGUGGGACUUGAAGGACAGUCAGUCGACGUGGACAUGCCGAAAGUCCGGCAGCGAGUGGAGUGUAAGCAGUCAAAGCAGAAGUUAUACACUGACUCUAAACUAUCUGCUAAGUGUCGAAUAUUCACUCCUGGUACCUACGUUCGAGUGCGCCUACCUGGUCGACGAAAGAAGGGGCAUCCGAAUUUUUCGCCGCCGUUGAAGGUAAUUGCUCCACGAGGACCACUUUCCUAUCUGUUGGAGGAUGGCAAAGUAUGGCACUCGUCGAAAUUUACGAAACACCACGGUGCAGAGAGGUUACCUGCCCAGCGUAUGGAGGAGCAGAAGGAACAGCCGUUCAUCACUAGCUCUUGGUGGGCAAUCGCCGAGCAAGCUUCUUCACAUCCUCCGCUUGUGCCAGAAGUGCCAGCCCCCGGCACUGUUCAGGAACAACAACAAGGGCCACAACUUCGACGGAGCAAACGCCAACGUACCGCACCCGAGCGCUACCCGGACACUAGAAAGCCGUAG